ACAGGUAAAGUGCAAUAAAAAUGUCUCUUUAAUUGUACCUACCUGCUAUAUUGCACUUGUGGAUAACAUGAGAUUUAGGGGAUUAAGGUUUUAAUUAUAAAAUAAUUCUGACAUUUUGAUCAGGAUUAAAUAUGAAGUUGAAGUCAGGAUUUCUCUACUAUAUAUAUUUAUUCAAAUUGGUUCAGUAAACAUAUGUGGAAAUUAAUCAGGCUAAUUUAAAUUUGUAUCUAUAUCAACAAAUCAUUAAAACAAAUAAAUGUGAUGUGAUGUCAUAGAACCAGAGUUAUUCAUUUAUCCAUUGUGAUAAUGUCUUAACUUGAGAUUAUUUUUAUGAAUGAAUCAAUGGAGAAAUGGCUUUGUUUGAGGGAAUUAACACUGCUGAUUUGUUGAUAGGAUGUAUUCUUGCAAUAAGUGGAAAUCUUCUGAUCAGCAUUUCAUUAAAUGUUCAGAAAUAUACCCAUAUGAAGAAUGAAGCUUUAGGAGACCAGAUACAUUACACUAAAGAUCCAUUAUGGUGGAUUGGUCUAGUACUGAUGGCAGUUGGAGAGAUUGGAAACUUUUCAGCGUAUGGGUUUGCCCCUGCCUCUCUGGUGGCACCACUUGGAACAACAACAGUUGUUGCCAACAUAUUCCUAGCUGCCAUCUUUUUAAAAGAAAAGAUCCGAGCUGAACAUUUAUUUGGGUCAGCAUUAACAGUUAUUGGAGCAUUUCUCAUCGUCACCUUCUCGUCAAGUAAAGAAAAGGUAUUUGAAGGGAGUGAAGUUACAGAAGCAUUAAAAACCAUGACAUUUACAGUUUAUAUUAUUAUAGAAAUUAUAGUUUUGGGAGUUGUACUAUUCCUGUUAUAUAAAGUUAAGAUGAAGAAAGUGGUUAUAUAUUUAUUGAUAGCAGAUAUAAUUGCUUCAAUAACAGUUAUUUGUGCUAAAGCAGUGUCAGGAAUGUUACAGUUAACGUUUGAAGGAUUUUCUCAAAUGUCAUAUCCUGGAUUAUAUAUAAUGGCUAUUGCCAUGGUAGUCAGCGCUGUAAUACAAGUCAAGUACUUGAAUAUGGCGAUGAGAGAAUUUAAUUCUACCGUUGUUGUUCCAACCCAUUUUGUGUUCUUUACUAUUAGUGCAAUAUUAGCAGGAAUUAUAUUUUACAAAGAAUUUUGGGGAAUGAAUGGUUUAGAAAUUUGUAUGUUUCUAGUUGGUUGUAUACUGUCAUUUAUUGGUGUGUAUUUCAUCACAGUUGGUAAAACACCAGGUAGUAUAGAGGAAACCCAGGGGGAGCCCCUUAAUAACACAGAACAUAGUCAACAAGUCUCACCAAGUUUAUUUCCAUCGUGGUUAUUUGCCACAAUAAAUGUUGGAGAGGUCCAGCCAAAAGGUGAAGUGAGUCACCUGACCGACACAGACAGGGAACCCAUCCUCCCUACUGAUGUAGUAUACCAUGCAUCAGAUGAUACACUGUUUAGUGAAGGGGACCAGCAACAACAGAAUUAUGGUGCCACUACUGAUAGUACAUGACCUCAAACAGACAUUAUAGUCACAUAAUAUACAAAUAUAGACUUUUAUAAGAUAUGUUAUACACCCAGGAUGACUAAAUAAUCUGCUUUAUAUAUACUAAAUAUUGAGGUGAACUCUUACUACAAAAACAGUCAUAAAACAAAAACUGGCAGUGAAAAAGAUAGGUUAGACUUGUUAAAUCCAGUUAGAAGGUAAAAUAAGGAUAAGUGGUAUGAUUGCCAAAGAGACAACUAUCCUUCACAGUUCAAAUGAUGUGAGUUUAAGCAAUUAUAGUUCAAUGUAUGGCUUUUAACAAUGAUCAAAAUUCAGUUUGAAUAGUCAGCUAUAAAAAUUAGGCUGCUACAGAAGAACCAAACAAUUAAGAGGUAGAAAAGAAAUAACUAAAUCGGAAGAGAUAGUAGGAAUAUUUGAUAGAAAAAUAAUAUUUGAUUGCAUACAAUUCACCACUAUCAUGUUAACAAGAGUUACUCCUGUCAAGAAUAAACCGAACCCCCUUGAAGCCAACCACUAUAUUUUAUGUCAGGACGAAAGCAAUAAACAUUCCUAGUAUUGUGUAGUAUUUAUAUUUUUGUCGUUCAUUCCUUGAAUGUGUUAAACAACCAAAUAAGUGUUCAGUGUUUUAAUAUAAUAUGUAAGUUUAUUUCUCUGAAAGUAAUUCAUAAUGUCAUUAAAAACCUCCAAUUAAUGUAGUUUUUAGUUAGAAAUAAUUUUAGAAUUAGAUUUACAAUUAGUUUAAGGACUAGAACAAGCUGGUACACAUUUAUUUAUAAAGAAGAUCAUUGUUAUUAGUUAUCUAAUAAGAGGUUAGGAUAGGGUAAAAGGCAAUAGAUUAAAUUUUUAACCUCUAUAAUCUUGCUGCUAGGUACUGUAAACAAGUCAGCUAUAAAUUACCUUGGUAUCUAAAGAGGUAAAGGCUUAAAAUCAAAGACUCAUAUUGGUUUACUGUUGAAUUCUUAAAAAUAUAUGUUCAUUUCUGUUAUUUUGUUGAAAUAGGCCAUGUAAUUAUUUCAAUUUAUGCUGUUGAUGUGAUCAGAUUAAAGGAAAAUCGAUGUAUUGAACUUUGUUUUGGAAUUUCUUGUUUCUUGUUAUAAGAGGCAGAUUUAGAUAGGAGGGGAGGGGCAGCAGGCUUGGUCCCACCUUAUAGAGCUAUAUAUAUGGGUGUUGCAUAGACUUUUUACACUCAAAAUAUUGCCUAGGUUGGUAAUCCCAAAUGGAACUUAAUGAAAACUACAUACAGACAUAGGACUGGGAUAGACACAAUAAGUAUGUUUAAGGGUUAACUGUGUUUCAGAAGCUUUUCUUCCUAACAUGGGACAAUUUAUAAACAUCAGUAAAACCAAAUCCAAACUUUUAUCAUGAUGCCUCUUUUGUGGCACUACUAUUUCUCAUAUAUAACUAAGAUAAAUUUUACUUGAUAACUAUUAGAAUUUAUUAAUUUAACCUAUGCUGAUGUAUGUUAUAUGUUUGUACAACACCUUGUUGUGUCCAGAAAAUUACUCACAGAAAUAUAUCAUGGCUAUUUGUAAAUCAUAAUUUAAUAUUUUUGUAUUUCAAACAGAUAUAAAAAGUAUGUUUAUUGUUGAUAAAUCAGUAUUUAAAAAAAAAUGUAUAAAAAUCUGCCUGAGCUUGGUGCUACUGAUUAUCUUGGGUGCCUUUUUCAAAUUUUCACCAAAUUUUUUUUUUCAUAAGAAUAUAAAUUUCUGUAUUAUUUUCAAAGCCAAAAAUAUGAACUAGCUUAAACUUCUUUGUAUAAUUAGAAAAUAAUGUAUAAUUGAAAUAGUUGUUAUUUUUAUCAUUAUUUUUUGGGUGCUGUCACAUUUAUCUUGUUUUCUUCUUUAGUCCCGUUUAAGGUGGUUCCUAACACUACAGGGAGAUAACUCUGUAAAAUCACCUAAAGGUUUUAAUGACGUUGUGCUGUUAAGGGAAUAUUAAGCUUCUCAAUGAUCAAAAUUAGUUCUUGUCAAACUGCUAUAUAAACAGUGUAAUUUUUUAAUAAAAUGCUUGGUUCAAUUUUUUUGAAAGUUAUAUAUUUUUGUCAAAGGGUCAAAGUAAAUACUUUGCCAGAAUUUUAUGAAAAUUAAACGAGCCAAAUUAAUGUUAGUGAAAGUGUUUGGUACCACCUUAAGUGCCAGUAGUUUCUGUAUUUGUAGUAAAAAAAUAUGAUCAAUAUUUUAAAUAAACACGUUAUAUUUGCUCAUUGGUUGUAGAAUAUUUUAAUGCUGAUUAUUAAAGUGUUACACCUUUUUAAAUUACAUUUUUGGGAUGUUAUUGUAGCCUCUGCUGAAGGUUUUGUUUAUUCAUACAUUGGCAUACACAUUAUAGAAUUUUAGUUCCUAAUUUGAAAAUUUACUAUUAUGUGGGUAACUUAUAAGAAAAAGAACUUUUUAAGAAGCUUAUUUCAUACUAGGCCUGAAUCAUCUUGAGUUCAUUAGAUUGUCAAAGUUUUAUUAAUGAGUAACUCAGUAUUAAUGCCUCAAAUUUAUAUAUAUUUUAUAAAUAUAAUGAAAUAUAUUCCUUCUAGAUUGGUACUUUGUGUUUUAGGUGUAAUCUAACUGCCAUUCUGGUUAUUUGUUGUACCAUUUGAGUCUCAGUCCAUUUAAUCCUAUGAAAUCCUGUUAAUGGCAGAAUAUCAUCAAUUCAUGUUACAUGGACUCACAAAGCUAUCAUACUCAACUUUAACAGUUACAAUUUCAAACAGUGCUUAUUUGUUUUCAAGAGGGGUUCAUAUGAACCCCUCGAACCCCCUGGCUAUAUGGUUGUGGCCUUUAUAUUUCAAAGAUGCUGAUAGUCCCUUCUGUCCAAAGUCAGAUAAAUGUUAUAUUAAAAUGGGCAUUAAGUUUUGUGAAGUUUGGUUUAUGGCUAAAUCUUCAAUGGUUGUAUCUGGUUUAUGGCUAAAUCUUCAAUGGUUGUAUCUGGUUUAUGGCUAAAUCUUCAAUGGUUGUAUCUGGUUUAUGGCUAAAUCUUCUAUGGUUGAAUGUGGUUUAUGGCUAAAUCUUCAAUGGUUGAAUGUGGUUUAUGGCUAAAUCUUCAAUGGUUGAAUCCGGUUUAUGGCUAAGUCUUCAAUGGUUGUAUCUGGAUUUUGGCUAAAUCUUCAAUGCCAAUGGUUGUUUCUGGAUUUUGGCUAAAUCUUCAGUGGUUGUAUCUGGAUUUUGGCUAAAUCUUCAAUGGUUGUAUGUGGUUUAUGGCUAAAUCUUCAAUGGUUGUAUGUGGUUUAUGGCUAAAUCUUCAAUGGAUGUAUCUGGUUUUUGGCUAAAUCUUCAAUGGUUGUAUCUGGUUUAUGGCUAAAUCUUCAAUGGUUGUAUGUGGUUUAUGGCUAAAUCUUCAAUGGUUGUAUCUGGUUUUUGGCUAAAUCUUCAAUGGUUGUAUCUGGUUUUUGGCUAAAUCUUCAAUGGUUGUAUCUGGUUUAAGGCUAAAUCUUUAAUGGUUGUAUCCUAUUUGAUGCUGAACCUCUUAUACUAUAUAUAUGUUUUAUACAUUGAGAUCUAUAUUUUGAUCCAUUUACUUUGAUGUCCUAUCUAUAUAAGUUAUUAUCUUUAUUGUAUUGUUUUAUCUAUUGAUGUUCUUCUUGUCUGUCUGUCAUUUUAUUUUGAUAUAUCAUUUUAUAAAGCAGCAACAUAAUCAUUGUUAUACAUGUAUAUUAUUAUUGUUGUUGUUUUGUUAAUCUCUACAUUGUAAACAAAUAAAAUAUUGAAAGUAAA